GUCUCGGAGGUCGCGGCAGGGGAGGUCGCGGCAAGGGCGCGCCAUGUGGAAGCGUCGGCCACGCUACUGGCGCAGCAGGCGGGGCCGACGGACGUGCCGCAGCAGGUAGUGAUGAUGGCGCAGCCCGUGGUUCAGACGGAGGUAGUGCUGCAGGUGCCGCCGAUGGCUCAGCACGUGGAGCUGACGGAGGAGGCGCCGCAGCUGGCGGCGCAGCGGAUGGAGCUGCCAGCGAUGCAUGUCCGCGUUGGCGGCCAUGAUUACACGUUCGCGUCGGGGGAUUGGAACAGCAAUAGAUUGGAGAUCUACGUUCCACCUGGCACUGAGUAUGACGAGCAGUCGUUGUUCAGUACAGUUUCGAGCGGCAUUGCGAAGGCCCUCGUAUUCAGAAACUUCACGGUGUACCAGCGGAAGAAAUGGAUGGGCGCAGACGAGGCGUGCUGCGACUUCGCGUUGCCGCUUCUGUUAGGGAACGUGCUGGUUGAGGCGUACAAGGUUUUCUGCGAUCGCAUCAACGGCCUGCCAUAUCGACCUGCUGCGCACCAUCCAGGUGGCGAUGCUCCAGCGGCAGCCGCGCUCGGCGCCUUGCUCGACGCUGGAGCCCUCCCCGACGAGGAGGCGAUGGAGGCUCGGCGAGACGAUGCAGUCAUCGACCCGAGGGGGCUGGCCCCCAUUGCCGUAGCAGCGGCCGAGGUCGCGAGGAAGCGCAAAGUAGCUUUGGAUUGGCUGAUGUGCAGGACCAGAAAUUCGCCAUGUUCCCAGGUCGUGGUGCUCAAGAUGAUACUGUCUAUCUUGCAGACAAUGCAGGCGGAGGAACUCUACAUCGGGUCCAAGAAGUGGGGGCGGCGCCAGGAGGCGCAAGCUGCGCGGCUGGCAGGGCAACCCAAUACGGGCAAACUGCUUCGCACAUACGCAGUGUUGGUGCACGCGGAAGGCGAGAUCGAAGCUCGAGCAGUGAAGAGAAUGCGGACCCUUCUUCUCGAGCAUCGCAUUUGGAUACUGUUGCGAGAUGGAGAUAUGACAAACGAUUUGAAAGCAGACGCAUUUACAAGCUUAUCGUCGGCAGGGGCCUACAUCGAGGACUUGAUCGCGGGCCCGCAUUCCCAACCACCGUGGACUUUGUUUCCCGUACUUAACCAUCCCGAGCUCGCAGAUGCAAUCCAGCAGACGCCGAAAUGCCAAUUGGACAGAUGGAGUAGGAAAUUCUUGGAAAGAAAUGACAUCCGCACAGACGAGGCCAAAAUGAAGCUCUUGGUGCACGCCAUCCUCAUUUCAAUGAACACUGAUCACCUCGAGGUCUCGAACUCACAUAUUCGCAGGAUUGUGAAAAAGCAUGUGCAAUGCCAGCAGGCUGAUCCAAUUGGGCUCGGUACGAAAUGGAUGGCUGCUUGCAUUCGCGCCUGGAGUACGGCGCCACGAGUUUCUGUGGAUUCUGGGGCAGACACCGAGGGCACCGACGAACACAAUCCUGGCGGUCCAAAGUAUGGUGGCGGCGGCGCAUGGCGUGCUUUCGUGAGGAAGCAGAGGUCGAAUGAUCUGGCAGAGGCUGGCCGCUUGUAUCGGGCCCUCAAGGACACCGUCGGUUCUGAGGUGCUGGAGCAGUGUAUCGCGGAGGGCAAGGCGGCCACAGAGAGGCGGCGAAGGGGGGAAUCAGCGUUCGGCAUGAAGCGUAGCAAGGUCGAUCGCCUGCAAGAGCAACGGUACUUGGUGGCCAGGAUGUCGGAGGGCAAUCUUGAGAGUGCAGUCGACAAGGUGAUCAGCGACGCGCAGACGUAUUCCUACGAUGUCGCCGAGACGAUGCUGCUGACCAAUAGAUUGCGCAAUACUCGUGCUGCAAAGCGACGCGAGGAGGAAGAGAAGGACUCCAUGGACAUUGCCGCCUUCGAGGCAGCUGCGGCCGAAGCUCGGCGGGGCGAGCUCGCCAGUCAGAUGCCCGAGGCUGCCAGCCAUGUUUCAGGACUGAGAGUGGUCCCUGGCCCCAUCCACGGCAUGAGGGUGAUGGAAGCCGACGUUGGGUCGGCUUGUGCAGACGCCACGGGUUUGAUUCAGUACGUGAAUGAUAUGCAGAAACAUCAGAAGAAUUUCAUGUCAUCCUUGGGUAAUUAUUGGAACUUCCUUCACAGGACGAUGCGCGACGAUGCCGCUGAUGCAGGCAAGUCGAGCGAUGAGGAGGAGGAGCAUCGCCAUGGUUGCUGCUGGGGCCUGGGCGUCUGCAUAUGCUCGGAUGCUGGGGCGCAGCUUUGGCGUUUUCGGAACUCAGUGCUGCUCGCCAUGAAGGCCAUGUGCCCGAGGAGCGGGUGCAACCGCAGGACGCUGCUCAAGGACGGUCACAUCGUCCUGCGAUUCGAGUCGUCGCUUGCUGACGGUGCAGAUGAUGCUUUGGCUGACUUCUGGGGUCUCGGCACGGACGUCCGCUAUUGGCACGUCAGCAGCCAAUCCUUGGCGCCAUUUGUGCCGCGCGUGCAGGAGAUGACCGUGGCCAGUGAUGAGGAGGCACUUGGCGCCAACCGAAGGG